GGCCAAAUCGUGUAAAUGGUUCUGUACCGACGCAACGACCAGCCAAAAAAAAUUCAAAAAUCACAGCACCCGAAGCACCACCAGUUGACGUGAACGAUGUUGACACAAAAAUUACACCUAUGCGUUUACUGCGCACCAGUCUCAAUUAUCAGACGAAGGAAUUUUUCAAUAAUUCCACUCUGCACGGCGUACGUUACAUCGGCGAAAAAGAGCGACCGUUCGGCGAACGUCUCAUGUGGUUUUCCUUCACUAUAAUUGGUUUGAUCUCGGCGCUUGUUAUAAUCGCCAGUUUAUGGGAAAAAUUCCAGACCAACCCAACCAUCACGGGCUUGGAUAUGGACGUGCAUAAUCAACAGCUCGUUUUCCCAACCGUUGUGGUGUGCCCGAUUGAAUCGUACGACUUGAAUCGCACAUACGAUCUGGCAUAUUACAAAUUAGGAAAUUACGAGGAAGACAGUACCGAAAUAUUCGAACCAUUUUUGAUUUACUUGCCUCAAAUGAGCUAUGAAAACUUGCAUAGUGCAUAUGCACAGAGCAGCAACAUCAGCACGCAUAAGAAAUACAAAAACGCGAUGGACACCCGUACGUUGAGAAGUUACACUUUUCAGAUCGCCAUACUCUGCAAUGAAACAUUUGACCUAUGUAAGUAUCGCGAUGAAGACGUUAAGUGCUGCGAUCAUUUUUACCCAGUCUACUCGGAGCAUGGUUUUUGUUUUGCAUUCAAUCCGAGAUACAUCGAUGAGCCAAAUGCAGAAAUCACCAACAAAAGACUCCAUGAGCUAUUUGAAACCGAUAAGAAGUGGGCACUGUUUUUUACACCAAAACGUGAAGCAAAAAUAUUUGUUCACUCACAUGAUGAGAAUUUCGGUUGGGAUUUUCGACCACACGUUAUUUGGGAACCGGAUUUUGCGGCUGAAUUGCUGAUAUCAAUGAAGCAAACCUACACCACGGAAGACGCCAGACAACUUUCCAUCAGCCAACGAAAAUGCAUUUUCCCCGACGAAGUCAAGCUGCAAGAAUAUGAAGGAGAAUACACUUUUACGAGCUGCAUGAAAGAAUGUCGCAUGAGAAAAUCCAUGAAACUUUGUAAAUGCAUCCCACCCUUUUAUCGACCCAUUAAAGCGAUGCCAUAUUGCAAUUUGAAGGAUUUGGAGUGCCUCUCUAAAUUUGCAAUCAACAUCACCGAUGUUCGAGACUGCAGCAAGUGUGAACUGAGCUGUGCGAAUACGGUUUAUGAAAUUGAAAAAUUGAGCAAAACAACCGCUGAUCCAUCAAAACCGUUGGACACUUACGUGAACAUUGAAUAUUUGACAUGACCGAUCAUCCGGUACAAGCGCGAAGUUCUUUUCGGCUGGGUCGAUUUAUUGGUAUCAUUCGGAGGCAUCGCUGGUCUAUUUCUGGGAUUCAGUCUAUUAUCCGGUGUUGAAAUCCUUUACUAUUUUUCUUUGCGCGCAUGUUGCAUGCUCUACAAGAACCGAGAGGAGUUAUACGAAUUGGCAGAGAUACAGAUGCAAGAGCCAAUCGAAUACAUUGAUUUGUCGUUGACAAUUAUGAAACGCACAAAAAUCUAUAGCAGCGAUGAUGAAUUGCCCGUCGUUCGUCAAAUUGAUGUGGCCGAAAUCAGUUCGCGCGUUGCAUCUGAUCAACUGGCAGCAAACCCUGAUCCGAUUGAAAACGACAAAGGAAUGCCCAAUCACUUGACUCGCAAGAAACAGCAGAUGAUUCAAACUAUGCUACAAGCAAAUCGAGUGGCCAACAGCUAUGACUAUGCCCAGGCUACAGGACCCUACUACUACAUGCCAUAAACCCAAAGCAAAAGACACAAAAAAAUGCGUGCAAUUUCUAUUCAAUUUUCUAUAUAAAAGUGUUUUUUACACUGAGUGUGGUUUUUAUUGCUUUGAAAAUAGUAUAAAAAUUUGGGUUUUUGGUUUAGUAUUGAAUUAAAUUCAUUUCUUGUAGCUAUCAAAAUUAUUUAUAUCUCAAAAAAUAGUGGUAAGCCUAAAAAAACA